GACAUGUCCAUUGUAAUAAAAUGAUCAGGUGUGAAGCCCGUGAUUGGAUGUGAAACAUCAAAACUAUAUUUACAGCAAAAUAGCUACAUCCUUCAUAGUCCAUUGCUUUCCAGUUUCCACUCUAACCAGAGAAAGAAGAGAAGGGAGUAACCGAGAAGAACUAAGUCCAACCCCUUCCCCCUUUGACAGUCUAUGUUCGACUACGAGGUCGGAAGCAGCCCCAUCGUCAUCCUUUCGCCGUUCUCAAUCUUGUUUGGAAGAAACGUGUGUGAGAACAGAGGCUAUUCAUCCAAAACCCCCCACACAUCUGACAUCUCCACCCACCAAGUUUACAAAUCUGUUCUCUCGGAGAUGGCAAACCAUCGUUAUUCCCAGAUGCGGAACCGAUACGCAAGGAACAAGAGAUUCCCGGUUGAGAAGUACUGGGAGUACGGGUGGAACGGGAGGACCUUUCUCUUGACUUAUGUCUCCAACUUUUAUGACCUAUGGAUGGACGCGUACGCUUUUGGGGGAGCCACUCACUACUCAGGGAUCAUGAAGCUCAUUCACACUCUACCGCCCUCAUGGAGUCAAUGGGUAGCACAAGCGGCAAAACCGUACAUGUGGCAUACCCCGCCCGAGUACACUCCGCGAGGAGACUUGGGCGGCCUAAUGGGGGUGCUACUUCCGGCGUUAGCAGCUUCAUGCGAUGGACCACCACGCUACCCACCUCCGCCGACCUUCCCACAUGGUCAAGCUCGCCUGCAGAAGUAUCGCUAUGACAUGGAGCCACAUAUCUCCCGCGCUCCCAAAAGAGCAAGGCUCGGGAUCCGUACUUUGACCCCUCCUAGGAUGGGAAGGGAGAUCGAGAACAUGCUCAUGAUGGCCCCUUCAUAUGUGAGUGCUGAAGCAGAAGACGAAGAAGAGGAGCCUCUCGAGGAAGAAUGGAACCCGAAUAGGGAGAGUGUUGGGGAGACUGAGGAGGAGGAGAAAGAAGAGGGAGAGAUUUAGGGACGAGGGUUUUUGAAAAAGAUUAUUUUAUUGCCCUCUAUGUUGUUUCCAAAUGACAUUAUUACCAUUACUUUUCCACGAA